UGGUGGUCUAAGACGGGGCAAGUUAAAUCCAAUACAAUUCGUGGUUGUUGGGAACGGUAAGAUACUAAGAUGAAUCCCUCGUCGGAGGCAGAGGAAGGAGGUUUGAAAAGAUUGCUGAAAUGGGCGGCGGAGCAUGGGGUUGAGGUUUCCGAGUCGUGUUCUAGCCUGGGGCUAGGCCAUUCUCUGGGCGUCUCUUACUUCCCCGGCGCCGGAGGAAGAGGCGUGGCUGCUCUCCGUCCUCUCACCAAAGGAGAUUUGCUUCUUAAAGUCCCAAAAUAUGCCCUAAUCACCACUCACUCUCUUAUUUCCAUAUGUGAAACUCUGUCUCUUGCACUCAAACCCCACCUUUUUCUUUCUCCUACCCAGGUAUUCACUGUUUGCUUGUUAUAUGAAAUCAAUAAAGGAAAGUCUUCACCAUGGCACCCUUACUUUCUGCACUUGCCUCGUAGUUAUUCCAUACUCGCCGCUUUCGGUGAACUUGAAACUCAAGCUUUGCAAGUGGAUUAUGCCAUCUGGGCUGCUCAGAAAGCUAUCUCAAAAGCUAAAUAUGAGUGGAAACAGGCUUCCACUCUCAUGAAGGAACUUAAACUUAAGCCUCCACUUCUCACUUUCAGGGCUUGGAUUUGGGCUACUGGAACUAUCUCCUCUAGGACGUUACAUGUACCUUGGGAUGAAGCGGGCUGCUUAUGUCCUGUGGGAGACUUGUUUAAUUAUGCUGCACCAACUGAAGAAUCAGACUGCUUUGAAGAUGUAGAUAACUGCAAAAAUGAAUAUGCAAAAGAUGACUUAGAUAUGCAUCAUUCGCAGAGAUUAACUGAUGGUGGAUAUGAGGAAGAUGCAGCUGCAUAUUGCUUCUAUGCUAAAAAAAACUAUAACGUGGGGGAGCAGGUUCUCUUGAGUUACGGAACAUACACAAAUUUGGAGCUUCUUGAACACUAUGGAUUUCUUCUAGAGGAUAAUCCAAAUGAGAAGGUGUUUAUUCCGCUGGAGCCUGACAUGCAUAGCUUAAGCUGUUGGCUGAAAGAUUCGUUAUACAUCCAUCAAAAUGGGAGGCCAUCUUUCGCCAUGAUGUGUGCUUUGCGCUUGUGGGCAACUCCAUCAUAUCAGCGGAAAUCUAUCGGACACCUAGCUUAUACGGGUUGUCAAAUCUCGAAGGACAACGACACACUUGUGAUGAAAUGGAUAGCUAAGAAAUGUGAUGCCGUGUUGAAGGAAAUGCCGACAGCAAUUGAGGAAGACAAGUCGUUGGUUCAUUUGAUAGACAAAAUGGAGGAGUAUGAGAACCCGUGGGAGUGGUUAAAGGAAGCGGGUGCAAUAUUUGCAGGUGAGUUUGGCAGUAAUAAUAUUUUGAAAGCGGCACUUGUUGUGGAAAGGGAUGAAACUGCAUUGGUGAGGACUAAAAUGUUGAUAGAUAGGUGGAAAUUAGCAGUCCAAUGGAGGCUUAUGUAUAAAACAGUUGUUGCUCGUUGUUUUUCGUACUGUACUGAGACAAUCAAUUCUUUAUCUGCUACGUCAAUUUCUUAAAUGUUGAUGGUUAAAUUGACAUCAUUUGAAUAGUUAAGUAGUUUGAUUGAUAAAA